UGUUCUUUUCCGUUCACAUUUGUUCCGAUCGCAUUUGUAGUGAAACGAAAGCGCUCUUGCGCGAAUUGUCUGUGCAGUUCUUUUCAAUAUUUGAAUUUAUCGAACGAUUCUGUGCACUUUCAUUAUGUCGUCAAGAUUCUACAAAAUUGUUUUAGGAGGAUGUGGCAGUGUUCUUGCUGUUUAUGGCUUAUGCAAAUAUGAGAACAUAACUCAUCAUCCUCAUGUAGUUAUGGCUGAUGGCAGCAUUUCAAAGCCUAAAUUACGCUUACCUAGUCGUGAUGAGCAGCUGAAUGCAUUAAAAAACACUCCUGAAUAUGAUAUCUUAGUUAUUGGUGGUGGUGCAACUGGUGCUGGUGUUGCUUUAGAUUCUAUUUCUAGAGGUUUAAAAACUGCUUUGGUGGAAUUGGAUGAUUUUUCUUCUGGCACAAGUAGUCGUAGUACUAAGCUUAUUCAUGGGGGUGUCCGUUAUUUACAGAAAGCAAUUUUGCAACUUGAUCUUGAACAAUAUCGUAUGGUAAAAGAAGCUCUUCAUGAAAGAGCAAAUCUCUUAGCUAUUGCUCCUCAUCUUUCUUAUCCAUUACCAAUUAUGUUACCUAUUUAUCGAUGGUGGCAAGUUCCAUAUUAUUGGGUAGGGAUAAAAGCUUAUGAUUUUGUUGCUGGUCGUCAACAAGUAAAAUCUAGUUAUUUCCUGUCACGCAGUAGAGCCUUGGAACUUUUCCCCAUGUUGAAAAAAGACAAACUUUGUGGAGCACUCGUUUACUAUGAUGGACAGCACAAUGAUGCACGGAUGAAUUUAGCAAUUAUUAUAACAGCUGCAAGACUAGGAGCAAAUGUUGCCAAUCAUGUAGCCGUAACUGAGCUGUUAAAAAAACCAGAUGAAAAUGGCGUGGAAAAAGUUUGUGGAGCAAGAGUGAAAGACCAAUUAUCUGGAAAAGAGUGGGUCAUUCACGCAAAAUCUGUAAUAAAUGCAACUGGUCCUUUUACUGAUUCUAUUCGGAAAAUGGAUGAUCAGAAAUGCCCUAUGAUAUGCCAACCUAGUGCUGGAGUUCAUAUUGUUUUACCAGCUUAUUAUAGCCCUGAUAAUAUGGGAUUGCUCGAUCCUGCAACUAGUGAUGGAAGGGUAAUUUUCUUCCUACCCUGGCAAAAGAUGACUAUUGCUGGUACUACUGACAGACCGUGUGAGAUCACUCAUCAUCCAAGUCCCACAGAAGAUGAAAUUCAAUUUAUACUUAAUGAAGUAAAAAAUUACCUGACCCCUGAAAUAACUGUUCGUAGAGGAGACGUGAUGUCAGUUUGGAGUGGAAUUCGUCCUUUAGUUUUAAAUCCAAAUAAAGGAUCAACGGAAGCAUUAGCAAGAAAUCAUGUUCUUCAUGUUAGUGAUUCAAAUCUUAUAACUAUAGCAGGAGGAAAAUGGACGACUUAUCGUGUUAUGGCUAAAGAAGCAGUCGAUGCCGCUGUUGAAACAUGCAAAUUAAAUCCUAAGAGUGAUUGCCAAACUGAUGGUCUCUUGUUGGAAGGAGCAAGUGGCUGGACACCUAAUAUGUACAUUAGAUUAGUUCAAGAUUAUGGUCUUGAGAGUGAGGUUGCUCAGCAUUUGGCUAAUACUUAUGGCGAUAGAGCUUUUACCGUUGCAAAACAUGCUUCGUUGACUGGAAAACGAUGGCCAAUAAUAGGGCGUCGUCUUCAUGAAGAAUUUCCAUAUAUUGAAGCUGAGGUUCGAUAUGCUGUACAUGAAUAUGCUUGCACCGCUGUUGAUGUUAUUGCUCGACGACUUCGCUUAUCUUUCUUAAAUGUUCAAGCAACAGAAGAAGCUCUUCCUUUAAUUAUCUCCAUCAUGGCUGAAGAAUUGAACUGGAAUAGAAGUAAACAAAAAGAAGAAUAUGAGAAAGCAAUGGAAUUUCUUCGGACAGAAAUGGGACAAGAUGUCAAUCGUAAGGCAAGAGUCACUCCUGUGAAUUUCUCAAAAGAUGAAAUAGCUUCUUAUACUAAAAAGUUCCAAACUUUAGACAAGGAUAGAAAGGGAUAUAUUACUAUUAAUGAUCUAAGACAAAGCUUAAAGGCUCAAGGAGAAAAAGUAGACGAUGAAACGCUGCAUGACAUGCUGAAUGAAGUUGAUUUGAACAAAAAUGGUCAAGUUGAGCUUGGAGAAUAUUUAUUGUUAAUGAGUGCUAUCAAGACAGGAGCUAUAGCACAAAGUAGACUUGCUGCUGCUGUAGAUAUCCAAUAUGAUCGUAGUGUUUUAUCUGUGGACCGUAGUGGAGGCGGUGUGUGAUUGCUCCUUUAGAGCGAGUCACUUUCUUUCCAUGUGUAUUCACCUAAAUUGGAAACGUUAAAUUGAUGUGUAUUAAAUGGUUGUUUUAUAACUGUCUUUCAUUGUUAUGCUAGUGAUUUUAGAACUUUUUUUCUCCUGUCAUUAACAUCUACCUCAGUUUUUUUUUUCUUCCCCCUUCUUCCUUUCCAUUUCACAAAGUUUAGAAUUCUCUUGCUUUUUUUUUUCAAGUCAAUAUUUUUAUUUUACUUUUCGAUCACUUGUAUCCACAGAUAAUUUAAGGCAUCUCUGUAUUCUUUUUUGGAGGGAGAGAUCCAAAUUUUAUUUAUAUAUUUUAAUUAUGAUCCUUCAAUAGAAUUUUAAUAUAAUACAAAAAAAAAUCUGUUUGUAGCAACAGCUUUGAGUUUUAGCUGUUGGUUUUUUGUUCAUUUGGUUCUUUUAAAUUACCAAAUUAUGUUAAAAUUUUGCAAGGACUUACAAAGCACAAAUGCAUGUCCCACCCCCUCCCAUAAGGAGGGGGUGGCUUACUUAAUUUUUAACUUAUUGUUAAACCUUUUAUCAACUUACUUUGCUUAUUCUGUAUACAUCUCAUUAUGUAUUUUGUUUGUUCAGGAUAUAUGCUCGUGCUUCAAGAUGCCGAUGUUUUCAUUGGAAACUUAUAUUAAUUUUCAAUAGUUUUCAUACGGUUAACCAGUUUUAUUUUGUUAUAUUUAUAUUUGUUUGUUUAUUGAAUUAUUAAUUUUUUUUAAUUUUUUUGUCAUUUUUCAUCAGAUUUUUCGGAAUUGUUUAACUUUAUUAUCUGGGCUGUUUCAUUUCAUAAUGUUAGUUUUCAAUUUGUUUUGUUCGAACAAAUAUUAUUUCUUUCUCUUUGUCUUUAUAUGUUUUUUCCCCCUUUUCUGCCAUUUGUUUCUAGAAUUUCAUUCAUAAUUAAUUUAUAUUGAAAUAAUGAUUUCCUGCUAUAAUAUUUAAAACAAAACUGAUAGCAUUUGAAGAAUUUAAUGUUAGGAUUUUCAUUUUUUAAAUUUAAUAUCAAUAAGUAUUAACAUUUUUUGAAUAUCAGUAAAAUAUUGACGGUGGGUAUAUAUUAGAUUUAAAAUAAGUGCUCCAUAAUUAAUUUUUGAGUUAAUAUUUAUGAAAAGCAUUCAGUCUAGUAAAAUUCAAUUGUAGCUUUAUAUAAAUUAUUAGAUGUGUCUUUUUGUCUAGUCAUAAUACGAUGUGAACAUUAAUGUUAUAAUUAACAGCUUGCAUGUACUUAUGUAAAAAUAAUUAUAUAUUUAAAAUGGAAAAUUUUAUAUUCGGAGAUCUUACUAAGCAAGGUGUUUAAAACUUCACGCGAUAAUUCCAUAUUUGUAAUUUGUAAUUCAUAUAUUUUUAAAGCUCCCAAUUUGGGAGAUACAUUUGCAUCUAAUUUUAUACUUAAUUCUGAACUACUUUAUAUGAAAAUUAAGCAUGAAACUUAAGUAUUAAAAAGGUAAAGAAAAAAAAAAAGAAAUCAAUAUAAAAAUCUAGCUUAUCGUAUUUGAGAGAAUUAUUCGGUGAGAUUUACAAUAGUCUUAGAAUAAGUGGCAAAAUGUAACUUUUUUUAAUCAUUUAAAAGACAAAACUUAGGUGUUUGUGCAAUUUUGAUUGAGUAUACUAGAACUUGCUUGUACUUUAUGUGAUACAAAGAAAAAAGAAACAGGAUGAACACCGAGUUUUUUUUACUAGUCUUUUUUUGAAUUGUUGCAUUUAAUAUCUUUUAUAAGGAUUAUCUUUUAUAGUAUAUAUAUAAUUGUUUUGUCUUAAAAGCAGCAUUAUUUAUAUUUCAUUGUAGUUAUUUAUAUUCUAUUCUUCAGUG